CUGAUCAAUCGGCGGAUUUCGGCGAUCAGGGAGGUUGAACCCCUGGUUGUUGAGACAGAAAAGAUGCAAGUGUCAAAUUUUGGGUUCAAAGUUUUUCUCACUGUUUAUGUGAAGAAGGCGAGUAUCUCUCAAAUGAGUGCCAGAGAUGUGUAUUCUUCUCUGGAUCGGAUUCAUUCUAUUGACGAGGAGGAUGCCGAAGACUCUGAUUCAACCAUUGAGAUAAUCGAGAUAGGCAAUUAUCUAAACGUGCUGACACACGCUUGCACGACAUUCAAAAGCGAUAGGAUACAGACAAUUCAUAUAUUUCUUCUAAUAAAUACUUCAGUUGUCCGUAUUGAUGGUCCCGUUUUAUUGAGUGGAGUUGAGGCAUCUAACCCAGGUGAGAGCAAAGCGCGAAGUGCGGUCUUUCAACAGAGGGAUCAAACUUCCUUAUUUUGUUUUUUCUUUCAGAUCACGGAUGUGGCCAGAACAUCACAAAACAAAGUACCGGUACCACAAAAUAUUGGAUUCGUUGCAACUUACGAGGCAUCGAAAACAAAUGGAAUUUAUGAACUAUACUUCUAUCCUCCAUCAGGUCGAGCGAUAGCCCCGGAGCUACAGACAGCUUUUCGGAGCGCAACCGCUGGGUUUUCGAAUGACUCAGUUGUUCAAGCUUUUACGCAGACCAUGUGUCAAAUUGCAGACUACCGCAUCAGCGCACGUGUUCAGAAAGAUAAAAAGUGGUUGGUCUGGGAGUCCAGACCUUCAGAAUCUUCGGAAGAGUAUCAGAAAGUCAAGGAUGGUGUGACACAAUACGCCAAUUUAUUGACAAUUCGCUUUACAUAUUGUUCUAAUCAAUCGAUUAAUAUUUUUCAGAUGCGCAAAAAUAUUGAAAAAACUCCCUUUGCAAGAAGCUUGAUUACAAUGAAAGUGGAAAAACUGUUUUCCAACUAUGUUUAUGAAGUAUACGUAGAAUUACGUAUGACUUUUAAUUUAAUCGGUAUGAUACAAGCGAUUGGCUAUUCGACCCAGGGGCAGCUAACACGAGAACCAAGAAUCUCAGUCACUUCCGCGCUUAAAAAUUUCACGUGGAAUGAAGCAGGA